CUAACUGUUCGACAUCUUUAGUUGCAGACUGUUUUAACUUUGUCUCUGAUAAACCGAUAACGAGAUCAGGGAGUUCAUCGACCGAUUUAUUCUUUGUCGGGAGUUCUACUAACAUUGAUAAACUGAUUGAGGGAGUUGUGACGUUCUCCUUAAUAGGGGGUGGAAGUGAUUUUGUGGGGUUACGCUCAGCGUAUCUCCUUUGACGCUCCUCUUCCUGGCGCUCACGAGCGAGUUCAGCAAGAGCUUGUAAACGACGUCUACGAUCGUAUUGUGCAUCUCUGCCGCGGUAUACUGGAGGCCAGAAUCUGCUUCUUGUUCGAGAAAAACGUGCAAGCUGUGCAGAAGCAUUAUACCAGCUGGGGUUUGGGAGAUAGCUAUCGCUAUCAGAUUCAGGCUGAUCAGAAGGGUUUAAUGAAGAUAUCAUCUCCUGUGGAACUGAUAAAGUGGCUGCGAAUGGCUAGUGUGGGGUUAAAAGACGCCGGCGAAAUGAGCGGAUAGACGUACGCGCUGUUUAUCGAAUUGAACGGUAGUGUCUCUGUCUAAAUAAACUUCAAACAAUUCAGGCUUUUUACCUAAUUGUCCUAGGUUCUCCAUUUCGCUACCCUCGUUGUUUGAGUUCAUGUGACCGUUGAAGAACGGGAAUAGACCGGUCUGGGGUGGAUAAUCCAAACCUAAAACCAUAGCACGUCUGCGUAUAUACCAAGUACGGGCUACAACAGCCGAUGAUACAACCAAGAGUAGACAGAUUAUUAACAGAAAUACGACGAUAUAGAGCUUUGGGUUCUAUGGGAGAUUAGGAGAGAUGACGAUAGAUUGACUAGUAAGACUACUAACAGGUUUAUCACCAUUAUCGUCACUAUCGUCUGUUAUUUGCCUUGUAAAUAUUUUAUUCAUUUGUUCAUCCCGUCGUCGAGAAAGUAAGAAGCGAAGCAACUUGGAGUACUACAGCGAUCGCGAAAUACCGAAAUAUAUGCAAAAGACUAACUAGAUAUGUCUCCAAGGAAUAAACAAUCUAACGCGCUCACUUCCGUUAAAGUCACGGUUAGGAUACGCCCAUCUACAUCUCAAGACAAUAAUUCUAUACCAACGAGAUGGCAGAAGACUGUAGUACAGCCAUCUUCUACUAAUACCGUAAAUAUAGACGGUUCUAGCUUCUCUUUUGAUAGAGUACACGGACCCUCUGAUACGCAGGACGUCGUUUAUAACGAUAACGUAGAGAAAUUAGUCGAAAGUUUCAUAGACGGCUAUAACGUAACAGUUUUGGCCUACGGUCAGACAAGUUCAGGUAAAUCCUAUACCAUGGGUACAAGCAUUUCUGAUGAUAAUCAAGAUACCACGAUAUCACACACAACCGGUAUUGUCCCUAGAGCUGUCAAUCAAAUAUUCCGCUCCCUCGAUGCAAAAACAGUCGACUACUCAAUCAAGAACUCCUUCGUUGAGAUCUACAAUGAGGAUCUUAUCGAUUUAUUGGGCGCAGACAAAACCAGCUAUGGCAGUGGUAUAGAAAAGACCCCGGUGACUAUUAGAGAAGCCAGCAAUGGUACCAUCAUCUGGUCAGGUCUUAGAGAACCACAAGUAAAUAGCUCAACGGACGUACUCAAGAACUUGCGUCAGGGUUCAAAUGUCCGUCAAACCAACGAGACUGAAAUGAAUGCGCAAUCUUCACGUAGUCACGCUAUCUUCUCCUUAACGUUGACCCAAAAGAAAUAUGUCGGUCCAGGAACUCCACCAGCAGCGCCUUCUACCCCACGUUUAAGGCCUGUAUCAGGUAUAGCCCAGAGAGUCACUUCACCUACAUUCGGCAGACCUUCUACACCUACUUCCUUCAAAUCUGGUUUACGACCACCGUCAAGUUUGGGAGCAAGAUCACCAUCACCAUCAUUCGGUAAACGGGUAGAUGAUGAUGACGAUGAUGAGAAUUACGUGACGAUCACUUCUAAGUUCCAUUUUGUCGAUUUGGCCGGUUCUGAGAGAUUAAAGAGAACGGCUGCUCAAGGUGCUAGAGCUAGUGAAGCAAUUUCAAUCAACUCUGGUCUUUUAGCUCUUGGUAAUGUUAUUAGUGCAUUAGGCGACCCUUCAAAAGCAAGAGCAAAAACUUAUAUACCAUAUAGAGAUUCAAAACUCACGCGACUUUUACAAGACAGUCUAGGAGGUAAUGCCCAAACCGCGAUGAUUGCAUGUGUCAGUCCAGCAGAAUACAAUACUAAUGAAACUAUAAAUACGCUCAAAUAUGCAAACAGAGCAAGAAAUAUCAAAAACAAAGCUGAAGUAAAUCAAGUUGAAGCCGGUUGGGAAAAUAUAGAAUGGCUUCAGAAUACCGUAACAAAGUUAAGAAAAGAUGUUAAUGCUUUAAAAUCUGGUAAAAUACCACUCUCAAGUUCACUCGAUGAUGUUAAAUCUAAAGAAGAAGUUGAAAAUUUAGAAAAUAAAUACGAAGAGUCUACCUCAGAAUUAGAGAGAUUAAGAAUGCAAUUAUCAAAUGCUCAGUCUGAGGGGUCACAAAAUGUUCAACAGAAGGCCAGCUCUUUCGCUGAAAUGGUCGCACCAGUCAUUGAGGAAUAUGAACGUACAAUCAAUACCUUAGAAUCAGAACUCAAGCUUACUAAAGCUGCGGUUAAUCAUACCAAUAUGGUUUACACUGAAAGAGAGAAUGAGUUUGAUGAACUCGUCGAAAAGGAAUCAAAGAAUACCACCGUAAUUGAGGAUUUACAUGCAAGAUUACAAAAGUUGUUGACAAGAGAGUCAACUACUGAGGCGUAUGUCAAAGAUUUGGAAGGUCAAUUGAAGUCAUUGACAGAUGGCGAUGAUAACUCUGCUGCUGCUUUGAUUGAUGUUCGAAAGGACCUUACCAAGCAUCGUGAAAUGGAAUCAAAGAAUGAGCAAUACAUCCGUGACUUAGAGAGCAAAUUGAGCAACGCUGAGCAAGUGAAUGUUGAGCUUGUUUCACAAAUCGAGAAACUCGAAAAGGAUGCUCGUGAACGUGAUGAGCAACUUGAGCAACUUAAAGAGCGUCUCAACUUGUACAACGAUAGUGAUGACAAGAACGCUCUCCUCACUGCAAUUGACGAGGGUAACUCCAAACAUACCCACCUUGAAACCAGAUUAGGUGAACUUAUGACAGAAAGGGUGAAGAUACUCGAAGAGUCUGAGUCACUCAAGAAGAGCGCUGAGCAGGAAGGCGCCGCCAGAAAUGAAGCUAUCAAGCGCCUCGAAGAGGUAGAGUCUGAGAAGAGCAAGCUUGCUACAGCUCUCAAGUUGGAAGGUGGAAAGGUCAACACUAACGGUGUUAGGGAGAUAACCCCUCCAAAUACACCUGAGCAACACGAAUCGAAGAAUGAACAGAUCAUUCAAUCAGAGUUGAUUGAAUUGAGAGGAGAGUUACAGAAGAUACAACUUAUGCACAAAAAGACUCUCAAUGAGUUGGAAUCUGUUCAAUCAAGAUACCGUGACGCUUUGAAAGAGAUUGGUGAAUUGACUGGUCAUAUAGAGGAGAACAAAGUUAUGGGUAUGAAUGAGGAUGGAGUGAUUGCAACUGGUCCACAACCUACUACCCAUAUAGUUGACCAAUCCACUGGUAAACUGAGAAGAAAGUUAUCAUUUGAAUCAGGUGGUAUUGCUCUUCAAUCAAACUCAACUAAAGAUGGUAGAAGGAAUAGUUUGAAUAUACCACGUAGAAAUUCAAUGCAAAACCUUCAAUCACCAACCAAUUUGGCCAGAACUUCGGCUUUUUUUGGUCGACAGCCCCUGGCAACAUCGCCAGGAGGGACAAGUCCAACAACCCCAAUAACGACUCACCAACCAUCAACACCAACAGGAACAGGAAUAAAUCAUCAGAAUGGACACGUGCGUACACCUUCUUUAUUAUUAUCACAGGACUUGUCCUCACAUCGUCGAUCGCGUUCGAGUUGGGCAGGUCCUCCUUCACCAGGGGGUGUCAGUCCUCGCUUGAGCUUGAAUAAUUUACAAGUACAACAACCUACUAGAUCAGUUGAGAGUUUGGAAAGAGAAAUUCAGACAUUACAAAAGACGCUCAAGGAUAGAGAUGAUGAGAUUAACAUUCUCGAGAAGGAAAUACCUCAAUUAAGAACUGCUGACGCUGAAAAGAGUGCUAAAGGUGAUGAAAAAGAUGACGCUAAGGCUGUUGAUAUUAAAGAGGAGCAUAUAUCACGUUACAAUGAACUAAUGAGCUCAAUGGCAAUCAAGGAAUCUGCUCACAGCGAACAUAUUGAAAGAUUGAAAUCAUCUUACGAGCUUGAAAAACGUCAGAAUGAAGAUCUCAAGUCACUCACCAAGAUACAAAUCACGAACAUGUCGAUGGAGGUUGAAGCAUAUAGGAACAAGCUUGACGAGCGUGAAGAGGAGCUCAAGAAAUUAGAGGAACAACUUGAAGAAAAUGAGAAAGAGUUUAUCACAGCUAAGAAAACACUUACAGAUUCUCACUUAAUUGAGCUCGCAAGCUUGAAAGCUCAGCAUGAAGAAGUGAUCUACAAUAACAACUUGGAAUAUGAGAAAACUAUCAACGAGAUUAAGAAUGAUGGUGAAAAAACUGAAGAAAAGGAAGUUGAACGUAACAACGUCAUUGAAAAAAUAAAGAUAUCUCACGAAAGCUCCCUUGAGGGAAUCAAGAAGGAAUAUGAGCAAGUAGUGAAUGUACUGAAAUCAUCUAAUGAAACUCUCAUCAAGGAGAUUGAAGAGGUUAAGAACAAAAUGGCAUCUAAUCAUGAAGAGAAUAUUAAUGACAUACGUAGAAAACACAAAGAAGAGGUUGAAAGAGCAUCUACUCUGGCUAGUGAUGCUCAAAGGGAGUUACAUGACGAACAUGCAAAAACUAUUGGAAACCUCAAGCUUGAACAUGAUGAGAAUGUCAGCAACACACGUGAUGGUGUUAGACAGGAAUUAGAGGAAGGACACACAAGCAAACUUCGCGCGCUUGAAGAGGAAUUAUUACGCGUUAAGGGUCACUUACAAGGACACGAAGUUGAGAAUAGCAAACUCAAAGAAACACUCUCAGGCGUGGAGAUGGAGAGAGACGAGCUCGCUACUAAGCGUUAUGAAAGUGGUGGUGGCUAUGAUGAAACAUCCAUGUUGAAAGCUCAAUUGGAAACCCAAAAACAGAAAUCUGAAUCAGAUCAGAAGGAGUUCGCCAAAGCGCUUGAAACGAUGAAAGAGUUGGAGAAGACUAUGGAAAGUGCAUGCUUAGACAGAGACAAUCUCCAGAAUCGCGUCAAUGACUACGAAACUCGCAACAAUUCUUAUGAGUAUCAGCAGCUCGAGUUGACAAGAUCGAAGGAGGAAAUAUCAGAACUAACACAGGAGAAGCUUCGUUUAGAGAGUGCUCUUAGGGAUUACGAGACUGUUAGAGUUAAAGACAAUGAGUUACAGUCACCGGUGUUGAUUGAUGCUGCUCCUAAAUCCCCACGUCUUUCCCGUGGUAACUCAGGAGGUUCGAAUGUACCUCCACCUACACCACCACCGUCGAUUCCGCCACCACCACCACCUCAAAAUGGAAAACAAAGGCAGUCGUCCUCAUCACGUCCAGAAAGUGCAACUAGCAUGCGUUCACAAUCUGAUAUGUACCCUGAUACGAACAAGCAGCUGGAAGAGGCUGAGCAGCAGAUUAAGACGCUCACAAAGCAGCUUGAUCAUUGUGAAGCUGAUCUUCAAGCUAAUAUCGAUUUAGUACAAACUCUCGAGAAUGCCUUGAUGGAUUCUGAAAGGUCACUCAGGAAAGCACGCGUUAACAUGAACGAUCUCGUAAAAGAUCGCGACGUUGCUACCAGUGAAGUCAACAAACUUCGUCAAGAGAUAGAUUCGAAGCAGCAAGAAAUAGACAGCACUCGUAAUAGUGUUGUUGAAGAGAGGAGACAAUCUGCUAUGAAACUUGACCAAGAGAGGGCCCAAAGGGAUAGAGCUAGAGCUCAACUUGAGCAACGUGUAGAAGAUAUGCAAAAGAGAAAGAGCAAAUUGCGUUGCUUCUAAUCUCAUACACUGACUCAACCAUCUCGAUGUACAAACACGAUUUUUCUACUUUAUAUUCUAUUGUAUUAUAUCUCUUUUUUCCCUUCCCUUCUAGACUGUCUAAACGUUAUACAUGGGUAUUCUUC